GAAUUAUGUGCGUACGUGCGUACUAAAGCCAAUUUUUGCAUUAUCAAAACACAUAAGCCUAUGUUUGCAGCAAAUAGACUGUGAUUUGAGCAGCUGCGUUGCUUAUGCAAAUAAUUUGUAUGCUGAAAUUAGUGAAAUGCGUAAGGAUUCUGAACAAUCGUUUAAACUAAUUUUUGAAUCAAUUAAAACAAUAGCCGCAGAAUUAGAUUUAGAAAUCAAAAUUCCGCGUUUGGCGAAACGGCAAACUAAUCGCGACAAUUAUGAAGGCGAACCGGAAGAAUAUUACCGCAGAUCAAUUUAUAUACCACUUUUAGAUCAUUUUUUGGACCAAAUCAAUGAACGAUUUUUAAAACAUGGAGUGCUGUUUUCCAAAAUUGAAAACAUUUUGCCAAAUAAAUGCAUAAAUCUUAAUGUUAUUGAGAUGCAGGAGACUGUUCGUGUUUUAGAAAAGCAAUGGUCCACUGAUGUAGAAGAUCGCGCUGAAUUUAGAAUGUGGAAAAAGGUGAACUGGUUAAAUCAAAACAAAGAGAUCCACUUUUUUAGACGUUGA